AAUUUGUUGUGGCUGGCUGGUUAGAGGUAGUAUGGCUAAUAAGAGUCGGGCACUCUUUGAAUUGUGCUCUUUAAGAGGUCCACUAACGGACAGUAACAUCGGCAUUUAGGCCGUCUCUUUUCCUUUUUCGGCCUCCGUUAGCACUAUGACUCGCUAGAUAUACCUAAGCCUCACAGCCCCUCUCAGCAAUACGAGAUCUUGGCGGCUCGAUGCAGUCCAAGAUCGCCUGUCGACGUCACUAGCUUCUUGCAUCCGUUCUUAGAGUCCAUCACCAGAUCUCAUUCUUCACGAGAGGAGCUGCCCAUAAGUGAGAACUACCAAUAUUAUAUAAGUGUAAAUGCCUUCCACCAUCUUGGUGAGAAUUUUAUAUACACCAUCAACCAAUAGAGUAUUACAACAUACAACAUACAAUCAACAAUAAUAUAUAAUUCAUCAACUACCAAAUCUACCUUUUAUUGUAUACCAUAAUUGAUACAAUAUAUAAUACACAUCACAUCAAAAUGCGCGGCUUCAUCUCAACCAUCACCACUCUCCUACCUUUGGCAGCUGCGGCGCCAUUGGAACUUUACAACCGCGACAGCAAUCCCGGUUGCCAAGAAGCAUCUUUCGGCAACUUUGAAUGGACAAUUGAAAACUUCGACUACCAUGCAUCUUACAUUUUCUCUACACCCGCUCAUCAAAACUCGUGGGGUUAUGUCAACUUCAACCUAACAAACCCGGCUCUCGAGUACCAAGCUAUUUGCAGUGCCUCGAGCAACCAGCUCUCCGACUUCUUCUACGGUACAAUGGCGUACACCUGCACUGUUCCCGAGGGUCACACUACAAAGACUACUUUCGACUUCAGCCGCCCUAGUGGCAAGUUAAACGUCAACCAGACCUGGACCUGCAGCGACACUGAUCCGCAGUACCCUACUACCAUUAAUGCUUAUGGUACCGUCGAUCUGGAUCUCUCCUGCACCGAUGAGACAUGGACCAACCCUAACUGGACGAUCGGUAACAUCUACACGGCUCGUACAGUUCAGUGCGAGCCAGUAACGUUACCACUUGAGCCCUACGAAAUUACUGCCGUCGCAUAAGGCAUUCUCUAAAAAAUAUUGGGUAUUUUAAUGGCGGAUUAUGAGGAACAGAUAGCGGGUUUAGGGAAAGGGGUUACCAUCACGACAUUAUGAUAUAUUGACUGAUCAUAGACACACAUAGGCAUCGAGCCAUCAACAUAGAAAUUAAUUAUAAUACAAGUCAAUCGCUUGAUUACUA